AUGCAACAAGCACCAGUAAUUCCGCCUCGUCCGUCGAGGAGUCAGGAUAAGGACAAUGGCUCCUCGGUCCCGACUAUUCCUCCGCGACCUGCGAAACGCUUUAACCGGUCCAUCUCUCCGAAUCCGGAUCGGUUCGCGCCCUCGCCUUUCAACGAGAGCCCUUUCCACCCAAAGAGCCCUGGGCGGCGCUAUAGCCCGGGUCACUUGAUGGCUGAGCCCGUCGACCGCUCCGGCAGUGUUGACCUGCCUACAAUCGGGCAGGAAGGCCAGGAAUAUGCGGCUGUCACUGAUGAGCUCAGCUCGUCUCCCGAGACGGAGCGCCGGCCUUCGAAUUCGCCUGAGCAGACGCGAACCAUCGGCGAGGACAUCAAGCUCCAUGCACCCAAGCCGACCAUGCCUGCGCAGAGUGCCAAACAGCGAGUUGCUGCUGUCACCCGCACCGACUCGGAUCGGGCUGCUGCCUUUGGCAUUGGACGCCCCUCCAGCGAGGACCCGUAUCCUCGCAGCCUGAAGAAGAAGGCUAGCACGACGAGUCAGCUGUCGCACGUCAGCCACGAUGAAGACGAGCAGGGCAUUCCUGAAAUCGGGCAACGGGUUCCGUUGUUCGGCAACGCUGGAGACGUCCAGGCCCCGACUCCAGGACCGGGUCAGUCUGGAACUCCUGACAAUGCGAAGUCCAGCACCCGCCACCAUGCUAGAAGAACAAGCGGUCGCAGCACUUUCGGCGCUCUCCCCCCUGACAGCUAUGGUCUUCACGGCCACGGUGUCGAGAACACUGACAAGCUUGAGAAGGCAUACUAUGAGAAACACCCCGAGGCCAAGAAGUUUGACCUCUACAACCACCACUUGCACGACCGGGUCAAGGAUUAUCACAUGAGCAGUGAGGAACUGAACAAGAUCGUGCGCGAUACUGCCAGCCGUGGCCAUGGUGCAACCGAGUAUGUGGGCACGCCCAGCGAGCAGGUUGGCUUCCAAGCCACCGACGAAUACACCUCUCGCAUUUCCUCUCCUCGCCCACCCUCGGCCGCUUCCAGGAAGCGUGACAGCAUUACUUCUCCCCUGAAGAAUGCCACUGGGCCCGAGAUCUCGGUAUCUGAUACUGAGGCCGAUGAUGACGAGGUCAUUCAUGUCGACGAGCAUGGCAACCGCAAGGGUUUUGCCAAGUUUGGUGACGAGCAGUCCGCUCUCGGCGAAGGCGCUGAAGAGGGGUAUGACGCCCCCAUCCUCGCCGAGGAUGAGGUCGCUAAGAGUCACUCUCAUCACGGAACGCCCGCCGUUGAACUUGGUCCGGAACGCCGCGGUAGUUCUUAUGAGAUGGAGCGACCUAAGAGCCGACCUACUAGUCGUCCUUCAAGCGUGUACAGCCCGCCCCCUUCAGAAAUGGUGUCGACCCCACUGGACGAUGUUGAGGAGUAUGAGCCACUGUUCCCAGAAGACGAGAAGAGCCAGAAGGCGGCCAUUGCGGCGCAGAAGAGAGCUCAGCGAUUCCCCAGCCGUGACAUCUGGGAAGACGCUCCUGACAGUGUUCACGGAACGGCUGAAGUGUCUACCCCAGAGCCAUCGGCCGCGUUCAGGAAACCGGAGGAUUCCACCAUGGAUAUUCCUCUACGUGAAGGUGAGACGCCUGCCCAAGCCUUCGCUAGGAAGCAGGAAGAGCUCGCCGAGCAAGAAGACCGUAGUCCGGACAGCUAUCGAAACCAAAAACCGCGGCCUCGUUCGUGGGCCCAGGCACAGCCUCACUUGGCCAAGGAAAUGCAAUCGACCUCGAGACCCGGGUUGUCUCAGCGCUUCCCGAGUCGCGAUGUCUGGGAAGACACCCCUGACUCUCUUCAGCUGCAAACUACCGUCUCGACUCCACAGUCUGAGAAGGAUCCACAGUCGGCCGGUGCAGACAGCCCUGUGGAGAAGACAGAAAAGCCGGCGAUACCCGCGAGACCUGUGAAGAAAUAUUCGGGCGAUGACAAGCCGGCCGUUCCAGACCGCCUGAAGCCACAAAUCCCUGCCCGUCCCUCGAAAGCGGCCGCAGAGUCCAAGGAGUCGGACCCUGCAGCAAGACAGAAGCCUGCCGUUCCAGCAAGACCUGUUGGAGGCAAGAUCGCUGCUCUUCAGGCUGGUUUCAUGUCGGAUUUGAACAAGCGCCUGCAGUUGGGUCCUCAAGCUCCUAAGAAGGAAGAGCCCCCGGCUGAGGACGUAACGGAGGAAAAGGAGAAGGCCCCAUUAGCAGAUGCCCGUAAGGGACGCGCACGCGGUCCCCAACGCCGCGCGCCUACCAAGAGUUCAAGCCCGAGUGGUGCUGCUCCCCCUGCCUCUAACGGAAAGCCCGUGUUGAGUUUCUCUUCUACCCGGACACUUUGGUGCAUCGAUGAAGAGGGUACUAUGACGGUCGACCAAGAGGAGGAGCCUUCGGAAGCAGAGUUCAAGUCUGUUGAGGAAAGUAAGCAGGCCCAGGAGCCGAUCCGACAUGAGCAUACGGAACCAGUCUCGAUACCGGAAAGAUCCGACAAACCCGCCGAGACCGCCUCAAGUACGGAAUCGAGUACACAGGAGGAGACGAAAACUCUAGCAACUAACACGGCAGGCGAGUCGAUAUUGGAGGAGACAAUCGACAAGAAGCCGGAGGGCGAUCAGGUGGCGGGUGUUGAGAGUGUCAAGGACGAUGUGGUCAACUAA